AAGCAGCACAGAUAAAAUGCCAACAUUUUUUGAUUAUUUAUUUUGGCGGUGGUGAAUUGAAAAUGCAAAAUUUGAACGCAUACAUGGUAUUAUUAAAAUAUUCCAGCUGUCCGCAGUUUUUGUGAAUUGAAAUUACAUUAAUCAAUAAAAUUUUAUUUUGUCAGAAACUAGACAUCCUUGUCACAGUUGGAAGAGCUUUGUCAGCGCGGAAAUGGAAAAAAUCUUCUUUGUAGGAAAUAAUCUAAUCAAUGAGCUCCUGGAGUCGUCGUCCUCUUCUUCAGAUGAUGAGGAAAUCGGUAUACUCUUACAUCCAAAAGUUAAAUGCUUACGUGUAAAGGACUUUGUAGAUGAAGUACUCAACUUGUACACGGACCGCGAGUUUAAACGAAAUUUUCGCGUUGAGCGUGAAAGCGCGCAAUAUUUAAUUGCAAAAUACGAAAGCAGUUCAUCCUACGUAAGGAGGAAUUACAGAGGGGGGAGACCACAAGCAACGCCAAGCACACAUGUGUUGUUGUUUUUAUGGUUUUGCAGCAAUAAAACAACCAUACGUGAAGUUAGCAAUCUAUUUAAUAUGUCUUAUUCUUCUGUCCAUAACGUGCUAAAUAAUGUUAUGUCGUUUUUGCUUGAAAUUUCACCGGACAUCAUAAAAUUGCCUGAAAGUGAUACUGAAAAAGAGAUUAUAGCACACGAUUUUGCGGCAAUCUGUGGCUUCCCUAACGUAUUAGGCUGCAUUGCAGAAACCUACAUUUCGACAAGGGCGCCAAAAAAAACAGUUCGUUCCACAUAUAUAAAUAGGCACGAUACUAUUUCCGUGCCCAUGCAGGGUAUAUGCGACGCAAAUUUAAAAUUUAUAGACGUUUUCAUUGGUGCACCGAGUAAAGUGCAUGAGUCGCGGUUGUUGAAGUUAUCUUUCAUUAGUAAGAAACUUCCAAAGUUAUGUUUACCAAAAUAUCAUCUGUUAGGUGAUUCUGAUUAUCCGAUCAGAAAUUUCUUGUUAAUUCCAUAUAUGGAUUACGGAAAUUUAACUGAGCAAGAAAAGAUGUACAAUUACAAACUUAGUCAAACUCGGAUGCGAAUAGAAAACGCCUUUGGAUUGUUAAAAUGUCGAUUCCGGCAACUUAUGCGACUAGAUUUUCUUGAAGUUGAGACAACAACGAAGUUUAUAAUGGCAUGCUGCGUACUUCAUAAUAUUUGCAUAGACAAACAAGAUGUUAUUGAGGGAGAAGAAUAUUGCGCUGAACCUGCUUCCGUUCGGGAACAUUUUCAUUCCGAAGUAAGUGACUCUGUUCUUACCGAGCUUGGCGAAAUGAAAAGAAGCCAAAUAAAGUCACUUUUUUGACACGUUUGCUUAAGCCGUGCCAUGAUA